CUUUCAAAGCUCAGACUUGGAUACUCUACAUUUUUAUUUUGAUACAGAUACUUUAAUUCAAAGUAUUUACUAUUUUCGUUUUGUAAAUUUUAAAUCCCAUCCUUAACAGUCUCCAACGUAAACCAACAAGAGCAUCGAACAGUUCGCAUUUUGACCAUCAAAUCAAUACUAAUAGUUAUACAGGUGUUGAUACAAGCAGUAGGUAGCACAAAAUGCCAGAAUCGAUUAUAAUUAUUUGAGGCUUAUGGUUUCUUAUGGCGGCAACGGAUUCCAGGGAAUCCAGUGUUUCGGUAACUUGUCCAACAUGUGAUCAUUCUGUCCCCCAAAAUAGAGGGAGUAAGAGAAUUAUUUGUCCAAAAUGUGGGAAUUUUUAUGAUCGUGACUCGGCAGUAGAUGAACUAAGACAGAUCAGAAGGGUGAACAGGGAGAAACAUUCACCGAAUGGAAUAAAGGACAAAGAUGAGGAUAAGGAUAAGUCAGGAGGAACUCUAAGUUCCAUUGCCAACUUUUUCCAGAACUUAGGACCGAGUCGUAAAACAAAGACCCCUGGUUCGCAGCCACGAUCUGACUCUGAAGCAUCAAGUCAUCUGUCAGAAUCCAGUACAAAGGGCUCCAGCACAGAGCUACCACCCAUCAACCAAUCACAGACACCCACUGGAAAAAGAACUCCAUCCUAUAAUGUCAAUGGCCCACUCAGUCCCAGGGCAGCAGAAAAAGAGAAGAGUGUCUCAAAGGGGGACAACCAGCGAGUCAACACAUGGGCCCAACAGGCCGACUCCAACAUAAGUCAGAUAACAGCAAGUGCCAACAACAACAAACUGGUGUACCCAGUCAGGACCAAAACAGCCGAGCAACUCAAGGAGGAUGUUCUUUUGGCCAAAGAGUCAGGGAACUGGAAGGUCGUCCAAGACUUUUACGCCACAACUUUUGAAUCCUUUUUGGAGAUUAAUGCAACAUUCAAGAGAGAUCCCAGCAAGGAGUACAAAACAGUGGAGGAACCAGGCCUCAAGUUUGAGUUAGUUCACAUGGUCUAUGAAAUUCUUCUGAAAAUGCCACAGGAAAUUCAGAAGGUGGUUCUAAAAUCUGUCAUAAAUAGUCUACUUAAGGACAAGAGGGACCAUGACAGCAGAAUUCAUUGGCCCCAUACAAAGGAUGACCUGAGAGCUUAUUUGGUACUCCUGCAGAAUCCCCAGUUUGAGAAUUUUUCUACCUACGUCAUCUUUGCCCACCUUCUGAGGCAGAUUGCUGCCUUAACAGAUCAUGACCACCAUUUUCUUGUUCACUGGAUGAAAGGGUUGAAGAGACAAGUUUUUCAGAAAAUCAUAAAGAGACUUCAGAACUUUAUUUCAAUACGACUGUUUCCCCCCAAACCUCAGGACCUCCCACCAAUGGCGAAGUGUACUUGGUGGAUUCCCAGUGCUACCAAAGUGCUGGCACUUCUCAAUGCUGCCAACAAUUUGACUAGUCCUACUAUUGUGCAAUAUACAGAGUUUUAUAACCCCACCCUGGAUCAUCUUGAUCUGAUGGCGGAGUAUUACACAUGGCAAAACCCCAGCUCCUGUGCAGGAUUCUCUUUCUGCCAGUAUCCAUUUAUUUUGAGCAUCAAUGCAAAACGAACUGUGUUACAGAGAGAUAGUGAACAACAGAUGAUUAUCAUGGCCAGGAGAAGUCUAGUUGCUAAAGUACAACGAAGGCAGAUGCCAGAUGUUGGAAUGCUGUUUUUGAAUCUGACAGUGAGGCGAUCUCAUCUGGUGUCAGACUCGCUGAAUGAGAUUGCUCGUAAGCAGCAUGACCUCAAAAAGAAACUGAAGGUGACCUUUGCGGGGGAGCCGGGUCUAGACAUGGGUGGGUUGACCAAGGAGUGGUUCCUAUUACUGAUCAGGCAGAUCUUCCACUCAGACUAUGGUAUGUUUACCUAUGACAAAAGAGCUGGUGUUCAUUGGUUCAGUUCUGCCCAGUGUGAGAGUUACCAGGAAUUUAACUUGGUCGGAGUGUUAAUGGGCUUGGCGGUUUACAACAGUAUUAUUCUGGAUAUUCAUUUUCCUCCCUGUUGCUUCAAGAAGCUUCUAAGUCCUGCAGUUGUGCCUUACAACAACCCACAAGCCAUGGUCGGUGUCUCCACAAUGUCCUUAGAGGAUCUCAAAACUGUCCAGGCCGAUGUGGCUUUUGGUCUACAGGACCUGUUAGAUUAUGAUGGAGAUGUGGAGGAGGAUUUUGGCUUAAGUUUUCAGGUUUCUGUAACAGAGUUUGGUCUUGUGAAAACUAUUGAUCUCAAACCUAAUGGAUCCAACAUUCCAGUUACCACCGAGAACAGAAAAGAGUAUGUUCAACUCUACGUAGACUGGAUCCUAAAUAAAUCAGUCUAUCACCAAUUUCAAGCAUUCUAUCAUGGUUUUCACAGUGUGUGUGCUUCAAAUGCAUUAAUUAUGUUGCGGCCCCAGGAAGUGGAGAUGCUGGUCUGUGGAAACCCGAUCCUGGACAUGAAUGAGUUACGGAAAGUCACCACAUACGAUGGAUAUACUCCACAGGAUCAAGUUGUCAAGAAUUUUUGGGAAGUGGUUCUAGCGCUAUCAAAUGAUCUCCAGAAGCGUCUUCUGUUGUUUACGACAGGAAGUGAUCGUAUUCCUGUUGGGGGAAUGUCCGAGAUGACGUUCAAGAUUUCCCGUGUGGGAGGAACAGAUCUACUGCCUAUGUCACACACUUGUUUCAACAUGUUGGUUCUACCAGCCUACAAAAGCAAGAAGACCAUGAAGCAGAAGCUGAUUCAUGCCAUACAGAAUGCCGAGGGGUUUGGACUAGAGUGAAAUGUUCACGCCUCUCGGAGGUUCAAAAUUUUCACGAACAUGCAGGCAUCAGAGUUGUUAAUGAUUUGGUGAACAAUGGUCUCUUGAGAGUAGUUUUGAUUCUAUCUCUGAGCAAGCCAGAUUCUUAUUUGAAUGUGCAGGGAAUAGUAUGAUUUUUAAGAUUUAUUUGUUUUGAGUUGGUGCUGGCACUGGCAAAUUUUUUUUAUUGAUGUUUAAGCACAAUGACGAAUAUAGAAUAGAGGUAUUAUUGAUGCAGGUUGUCACAUUAAAAUAGGUGUAUACAUUCAUAGCUACUAUGUUCAAAUUAAGAUAAAAUGUGAGUCUUCGACAAAGUUUUAAGAUUGCUGUACAUUUAAUUUA